AUGGACCCAGUAAAUAAUUCUAGGGUGGCUGAGUUUGUGUUGCUGGGACUCUCCAGUUCUUGGAAGCUCCAAUACUUCUUCUUCAUGUUGUUUAAUGUCUUGUAUGUCACCAUUGUGCUGGGCAACCUCCUCAUUGUCCUCACAGUGAUCUCUGAACCUGCCCUGCACACACCCAUGUACAUCAUGCUCAGUAAUCUUUCUGUUUUUGAUGUGUUUCUGGCCACUUAUUCAACCCCCAAAAUGAUCCAUGAUUUCCUCUAUGAACCCAAGACCAUCUCCUUUGAGGGCUGCAUGGCCCAGAUAUUCCUACUCCAUGUCUUUGCUGGUGGAGAGAUGAUGCUCCUUGCAGCCAUGGCAUAUGACAGGUAUGUAGCCAUAUGCAAACCUCUCCAUUAUGCAACCAUCAUGAACUUGUGCAAAUGUACAGGUAUAGUAGUAGGCUCUUGGAUGAUUGGGGUCAUGCACUCACUGAGCCAGUUAGCUUUCACUGUAAACUUGCCCUUCUGUGGUCCAAACAUAGUGGACAGUUAUUACUGUGACCUUACUUUGGUCAUCAAACUUGCCUGUACAGAUCCUUAUGUCGCUGAAGUGUUGAUGCUUUUGGAUAGUGGGCUCAUGGGGAUGACAUCAUUCGUGCUCUUGCUGAUCUCCUACACAGUCAUCCUGGUCCCUGUGCGGCGUCGUUGCUCAGUGCACGUGGCCAAAGCCCGAAGUACUCUGACUGUCCACAUCAUUGUAGUGACCCUCUUUUUUGGGCCGUGUAUCUUCAUCUAUGCUUGGCCUUUUAGCAACUUUCCAGUAGAUAAAGCCCUUUCUGUGUUCUCUACAGUUUUCACACCUAUAUUGAACCCCAUUAUCUAUACAUUGAGAAACAAAGAGGUGAAAUCACCAAUAAAAACUAAAGACCAAGUAUAUAAAUUCUAG